AUGGCAGCAAUUUUCGGAUCUUCCACUAGCAGUUCACGAUACUACUACACUCGCACAAGAAAAUCAGAAGUGAAGACCGACAAGGAUACCAAGAUGGUGUCUAAACCCUCAACCGCCACUCCUUGGUUGAAAUCUAACCCUACUAGCAAAUCCAAAGUGCAGUCUCUUAGUCCAACUUCCAAGCCAGUGCUUAGUAACCAGGCAGACAUUGUCACAACAUCUUGCAAGCCCAAGGAAGCUGAACCUCUCGCAACUGAGAGUCUGGUGAAUAGUUUGAAUAAUGUCAUUGUCUCGAUAGGCAAAUGUGCUGACACAAUUAUAGAUGCACUUCAGCACGUACAAGUAGAACCGAUGUGUUUUUCGAAUGUUUCUUUUGACGAAUUUGUGACUGUGCUUGACUCAAUCAGCGGGGAUGAUAUGCACCUCUUGAAAGCAAAGAUGACAUAUUUUCCACGCACCAUGGUCCUCAUUAUAUACUCCCCCCACCCAGUUCAUGAUCAAACAACAAGCGAGAUAUCAUCUGCAAUCUCAAGCGAGCUCCGUUCCCUCUCGUUCAUGCGAUCUUUGUUGAUGGAUAUCUUUACUAUCCCCGAUAUGCAACUCACUUUAACCCCUACCACCUCAGAGGCGGCGGAGACUGAGGUGCUGUGGUACAUGGAGACUGUGUUUUCUCAAUCUAAAUGUGUCGCCCUCAAGAAGAUAGAGAAAGUCCUCAUUGCUUACCCCGAAAUCAUAUGCAUAUUAUUCAUCCUCAUAUCCAAGCAAACUCAUUAUGAAACACCCUCAGACAAUUCCCCUACUUACAGCCAAGCACUUGCCAACAAAUCUCUGCGCCCAUACACCUCUUUUUCACCACACAGGGAUGCAGAGAAGUUAUUUGGUCCCAUUAAAGCAAUGGAUCAUAAAUGGAUCAAUGUAUCUAAGGUUGAGUACUUUGUCUGGCUCAAGGAGGGCAAUGAUGUCAUCAAUGUAAAUGGUCCUCACGUGGCUUAUGGAACACUGUUUCCAAACCUUGAUAUGGGCCAGAUCAAUACCCUACAACCUGCUGUCGACCACACCAAUCUUCUUGCACCAAGCGCGAUUGUAUUCUACUGGGAGACUGAUGUCACCUUCGUGUCUGUCGCUGUGUACAAGACAGCUCACUUUCGGUACUGUGACUGGUACCAUCGCAACUUCAGUGGCACCAAGCAUCGUCGUAUGAACAAUGGUGGAGAUGAGGCUGAGCCGGAGAGACCUUCGAACAGAAGGGUCAUCACAUCUGCGUCUGAUAAUGCUGAUGAUACAGGGCUUUCACUUACUAGCACGUCAGCUAGCACGUCAACUAGUGGGUCCAGUUCUUCGGGGCAGUCUAGUUCUUCUGGGGAGUCAAGUUCUUCUGCGGCCUAG